UGGUAUAAUAAAUAGUUACAAUAAACGGAGAAUAAGACCGCCAAGAAUUAUCUUAUUUUAUUUUUCCUCUUUUAUAUUUCCGAACUAUACUCUCAACUUUAUUUUUAAGAAUUUCAAUUUCAAGUUUUCAAGAUGGGUAGUAAAUUGGAAGCACACCUGUUCCAACUAAAAUUGACAGCAAAACAAUUAAGUCGGCAAGCAAAAAAAGCUAACAAGGAUGAAAAUACAGAAAAGGCAAAACUUAAAAAAGCGAUACAACAACAGAAUACAGAAGGAGCACGAAUAUAUGCCUCAAAUGCUAUUCGCAAAAAGAAUGAGGCGUUAAAUCUAUUGAAAUUAUCAUCAAGAAUAGAUGCAGUUGCCAGUCGAAUACAGACUGCUGUUACGAUGCAAAAGGUGACCGGAUCAAUGGCAAAUGUUGUAAAAGGCAUGGAUAAAGCUAUGUCGAAUAUGAACUUGGAACAGAUUUCUGCUGUAAUGGACAAGUUUGAAGCUCAAUUUGAAGACAUAGAUGUUCAAACGCAAUAUAUGGAAGGUGCAAUGGGUAAUACUACGUCAUUGAGCACUCCACAAGAAGAAGUUGAUUUAUUAAUGCAACAAGUAGCAGAUGAGCAUGGAUUGGAGUUGAAUCACGAGCUAGGAGAAGCUGCCCCGAGCGAUGUUCUUGGUGUGCCAGAUAAAAAUAAUAAAGAAGACGAAGAAUUGACAGAACGUUUACGCGCAUUGAGACAAACUUAAGUAUGUGAUAAGGACAAAUAAUAAAUGCCAAAUUGUCAAAUGAAUUAGAAAUUAGAUACUUAUAAUUGAAUAGUUCUUUUGAAUCGUCUAAAACUAACUUUCUUAAUAGUGCGCUUGGACGAUUACUCAAAAAUUUUUAAUAAUGAAAUGUAAAGUUGGAUAAUUUUUUAUUUAAAUGGGAUAUAAGAUAAAUUUUUUAUUAUAAUAUAUUUAGAAAUUUUAAUUAUCUUAUUUUUC